UGAUUACGACCUACGUGACGACACAUCAGUUGGACGUCUUCAAAUGUCUGCAUCUAUAGAGGAGGGUGAAAUUCAGGACGGAGAACAGACAGCACAAUCUUUACAAUGUAACGAUUGUCAGAAACUACUUCGCGAUGCUAGCGCUGCGCAAAAUCAUGCGACCAAAACUGGUCAUGUAAAUUUUUCUGAAUCUACCACUGCCAUCAAACCAUUAACAGAAGAGGAAAAGAAAGCAAAAUUAUUAGAAUUGAAACAACGUUUGGCCGAAAAGCGUGAAUUACGUGUUAUGCAAGAAAAAGAAGAAGAGAAAUCUCGUGAAAGGAUGCGAAGACAAUCUGGUAGAGAAUUGUCAGAGGCCAAAAGCAAGUUGGAAGAAAAGGAAAUGCAAAAGUUAUUGAUAGCGAAAAAGAAAGAAAAAGAAGACGAAAAAAUUGCUAAGGCUAAAAUAAAGGCGCAGAUCGAAGCUGAUAAAAAAGAAAGAGCAGCGAAGCGUGAAGCUGCAAAACAAGCGACUCAAGCUCAAAAACAAGAAGAAGCUGCCGCAGAGGCAGCGGUCGCUGCAGUAAAGAAAGAAUACACAGAAACACGGUUACAGAUUCGACAACAAACAGGAGCACCCAUCACUCAAACAUUUCAAUCUACCGAUACUUUACAAAUUGUGUACGAUCUUGUUAGUCAACAUGUUCACGGUCCAUUCACAUUGAUGACGACAUUCCCAAGGAAAGUGCUUGGAGAUAGUGAAAUGCAAAAAACUUUGAAAGAUUUGAAUCUUGUUCCAUCAGCAGUCUUGGUAGUAAAUACAUCAUAA